CGCGCGGCCGGUCGCGCGCUGGGUUUCCGGUUGAGUCCGGCGGCGGUUCGAGCUUCGCGUCUCGGAGUAUGGGGAAAGUUCAGGAGUUGAGCGUCGCCUUGAAGGACAACAAAGUGGUCUACAGCCCCGGCGAGUUCGUCACCGGCGAAGUGAGGGUCAAGCUGUCCGCGCAUCUCAACUUCAAAGCUUUAAAAGUGAAUUGCAUUGGAUCAUGUGGUGUUACCAACAAAGCAAAUGACACAGUUUGGCAGAUGGAGGAGCAGUAUUUCAGCAGCACACUUGUUGUUGCAGAGAAAGGAUCCCUUGCAGCUGGAGAGUAUACAUACCCCUUUCAAUUUCUUCUUCCUGCAACUGCUCCAACCUCAUUUGAAGGCCUUUUUGGGAAGAUAAGCUAUCGUGUUAAAGCUACAUUAGAAACUGCACGAUUCUCGAAAGACUAUAAAACUGAAAAGAUGUUUUACAUUCUUAAUCUGCUGAACCUGAAUGAUAUCAGUGAUAUUGAGCAGCCAAAUGUGGUAUCCAUGACCAAGAAGUUUAGCUACCUGAUUGUCAAGAGUGGAAUCGUGGCUUUAACUGUGAGCACUAAUCUUAAAGGAUACACUUCAGGGCAGAUCAUACAGCUUACAACAGCAAUCCAGAACAAGUCUGGGAAGGAUAUGGGUACUGUUGUUGCCAGUCUCAUUCAGAAAGUUACCUAUAAAUCAAAGCGUUUAAUCUAUGACUUGCGGACAAUUGCAGAGGUUGAAGGGUCAGGGGUAAAAUCAUGGAAACAUGCGGAAUGGAAGGAGCAGAUCAUCGUACCAGCCUUACCUCAGUCAUCUCUACAUGGUUGCAACUUAAUACAAAUAGAUUAUUUCAUUCAGGUUUCUAUUCGAUCGCCAGAGGUUUUAGUCAGCUUACCGAUUUAUAUUGGAAAUAUUGCUGUGAACAGUCCACCGUUGACUCCAUCCAGGCAAUCUCAAGCUGUUCAACCCACAGUAAUCCCUACAGCUCCUCCAGCUGAAGAUAUUGGGGCUACUGGUUAUCAGCCCAUGGAUAGUAUAAUUCUUCCAACCAAAAGCCACUCUCAGCAACAGACGUUAUCACCUCAUACUUACAGCCAAGCAUCUGGCUUUGAAAGCAAUACUCGUGAGCAGCUUCCUGGUCCCAUGCUUUGUAUUUCAACUGGUGCUACAGUCCCUUACUAUGCAGAUGGGCCUGUUGUUGCAGAUCUUAGUGAAAAUCCUCUGAUUUUACCUCCUGAAUAUAGUUCAUGGGCAUAUCCAUAUGAUCCUCCCCCAACUUAUGAAGAGAGUUGCAGCAGUGCUAACUCCAGCAUGAGUGCAGGACAGUAAUGUGCUACAGAAGAAUUAGUGCUGUUGAUGUGCUGAAAUGCCUUUUAGUUACAUUUUACUGGAAAACAACUUUACAAUGCAGCACUGCAAAUAUGUUCUGAGAUUGAAGAAGCUGAAAGUCAUUAUCGAAAUGCAUCAUCAAGGACCACAGAUACUUCUACAGCUUGGAAUGCUCUGCACAAACUACCUAUUUACUGCGCCCAUGCUGGACUGUUAAUCUGUGUUUACUCUUUUUAUUGAUCCUUGCUUUUGGGACACUGAAUACUGAAGGACAUAGAUGUAAAUGUUAAUGCCUCCAGCUGUGUGCAUAUAAAUAAUGCUCUUGUUAAACAGCUUCACCUUAAACUGUGAAUUGAAAGACUUUCUGCAAUCUCAUUUCUGUGGAGCAAGCUGCAAGCUUUAAAGUACUUUUGAGCCUUAAGAACCAAGGUGUUGUGAUAACAUUCCUUAAUGGUUGCUCAGAUAGGGGUCCCAUUUGAAGUGGUCUUUUUGCAGUAGAAAGUCAAUCUCGAUUGUAAUCAAGUUGAGGCUACUUCAGUACAUUUUGUACUUAGCUGUGUAUUCAUUACGUGAAUCACAGGCCAGGUUUGAGUAUGCUGACCUUUUUACAGAAUUGAUGCUAACCAGAAUGGUUUAGGGAUCCUUUCACUUUGAUUUGCACACCUUUCUUACAAUUUGUUUCAUGAGAGAGAUGUCUAUAUAUACAGUAUUUAUAAAUGUUAGUAUGUUUUGGAAAGUUGUGGCAUGCCCUUUGAGCUAGCACAUGAAAAUGACAAAUUUGAAAUCCUGUAUGAUGAUUUCACAUUUACAACUUGAGCCUUAUUAAAAUCAGGUCAAAGAAACUACUCACUAAACGUAAUGCAAUUUUCUACUACUGUAUUCAAUAACAUUCAGGAUUAAAGUUUUAUGUGCAGAGUUUAGAGGUGCUGAAUAACUUUCCCUAACCUCUAAGCACCGGUUUAGUAUGGGAGGAUAUUUGAAUGAUAGACUAAUUGGGUUUUACAAUUAAGGUAGAUGGUAUCUCUGGAAUUGCAGUGGUCUAAAGUAUUAAAUACUGAAAAAAUUGAAAGGACAUAUGGCUGAGAAUCCUACUGACAAAUGUUUCAUGUUAAGGUAUGAAGUCUGGUUUUGCAUGUUAACUCUAAAUUGAUGCAACUCUUAUCAAAAUUCUUGAUGAGCCUAUGUGCUGCAAUGCUGCCAGAAGUGCUGGCUGCAGGCUGUUUUUCUUGCUGUGAGCUAGAACUUCCACCUGUAUUCGGGAUAACUUGUUUACAAAAGCAUUUUGAUUUAUGAGGGAAUAGAUGUGGCACACGCAAGGGAUGAAGCUUAACUGAUGAGCCUUUUGGAAGUUCUCAACAUUCUUAUUUUGCAGGAAAGUUAGAUAGAAGUAGGUAAUGAACUGAAUCUAAAAUAUUUAAUUGUCCACCACCUUGUUGCCCUUUUAGUUUAAUUCAAGUUUAACUACAUCUCUAGGUCCUUUUUUGUUUUAAAAAAAAAGAGGCAAAAUUCAUCAAGACUGUGCUUCUUAUUAAUGUCCAAUUGACUCUUGAUGCUAGCAGUCAAGCUAGCUGUUAUACUGCUGCUAUUCAUGUGGAAUUUUAAUUUUAUUAUGGGAAUAGUUUUAUUCAAAUAGGUUUAUUCAUUGAAGUAUAUUUUCAUUUGGAAAGGUAAAGUGAGACUGGAACAAAAAUUAAUUUGCUUAAAUUUUGUACUAACAGUGUAGGAAUGAAGGGAAUCGUAAUUUUUGAGUUUUUAUUGUGUUGCCCAUAAAUUCCAACCCUUGAACAUGUUAUUUCAAGUAUUUUGUUCCAUUGUAUGUAUAAAUAAUUUAUAUGGAAAAGUAGUCUAACACGGAGUGCCAGCUGACUAAAGACAUUUUUCCAUGGGUCACUUGAAAGUUUGCAUAGCAUUUUGAAUUCCAUGGAAAUUACUGAAAUCUGUAGAACAAUUUUACCUCCCAAUUCCGCAUCUCCACAGUGAUUAGCUAAUAUAUAUAGUGAAAGCCUUUAAUAUACUAACAAUGGGUUCAACAUCUAAUGAAAUCACUUGAUGUUUUAAAGAUCAGCUUUUUAAAAUACUUAGGACUUUAACAGUAUUUCACAAGAUACAUCGACUGCUAUUUUGUGAAUUACUAAGCACAUCUUGUAUAUUGCACUAAUAAGGGCAUCACAGCUUGAUUUAAAACAACAAGCAUUCUUUUGGGCAUUAUCCAAAUGAAUAUAUUGGUGUUCCAGUGCACCAUGUCAUGGAGUACCUGGAUAUAAAUUCUGCAUUUGAGCUCUCAAAUGAUUUAGAGCAAUAGCUCACUAGCAUAUGUUCCAUAAGAAAGGGAUACGUAUUGUCUGUGAAUUAUGCAGCAAAGUUUAAUGUAGUUUCUGUUAUCGCGAUAUCAAGCAACAGUGGCUGAUGCUUGAAUGAACAUCAACUUGGCUGAAUCUGAUUAGGGAUAGUGCACACAGUGAGAGAUCUAUGAGGAAAUAAAGGGAGGGAUUUUUCUCCUCUGUAUAGGUAUGAAUCUAAUGAACUAAUGUUGGCCAUUUAACGGAUGCAGUUGUGUGUUUUAUUUUUGUGAUGGAGCAAUAGUUCUCUGGUAACUUUCUGCUCUGCUGAUCUAAUAGAAUUGCAAAACAGUAGGUUUAGUUUUUUUAAUGCAUAUUUUAUUAGAAAAUCUCAGGGCUUGAAUAUCUAAGUGUAAACUAUAGCAAAUGAAAUAUGCAGAAUUCCACUUGCCCUGCUCUUAUCUAGCUGAAGGAACUAAAUGCUUUCUAUGACUAAACUAUUCUAGACAUAUGUUUGAGUACGUGGUUUGAAGGCUCGAGGAAAAAUAAAUGUAAUAUUACUAAAUAAAGCUAACUUUGAAAGCUUUGUCAUUUUAAAAUGAAAUAUUAAUGCAUUUAUCUUUGAAGACCAAAGUUAUUCAAAUGUUAGUGCUUAGACUUUUUCUCGUCAAUCUAGUCAUUAUUGAACAUGGAGACAAAAUGUGAACUAAUCUGCAGUACCAUGUUUUCUAAAAUAUCUUCAAAGUAUUGAAGUACGCUCAAUUGGAUUUAAAAUAAUUGUCCAGAAUACAUUUGAGUAUUAUAUAUUGCAGCAAAGAGUGAGAGAAGUUGAGAUGAUUCUGCAGCGUGAAAGAAUAGAUUCUUUUCCGAAUAAGAUCUUAGCAAGGUUGGGGCAUUUUCUCAAUUGGAGAAUGGCUAAUCAUUCUCUUUCAUCCAUUGAAAAGUAAUUCUGUGUGCCUGUUUUGCAAUUUGGUGUUCUGUCCUGGAAAGCUAUUGUGCUCUCAUACUGAAGUGGAAGAUAGUCCUUAACUGUAUAAAUGCUGUUUUCCUCUUUUGGCAUGAUCUUCAGCGAGAGAAUGGUGUGUGCAUUCAUUCCAUUGCCUUCAGCUUGCCAGCUCCCUCAAUAUUUCAAAUUGAAAAUAAUAUCCUACAUGAAGGAUGGGAAUGAAGUAACUGAGGAUGAUGAAUUUCACAGCUAGAAAGACUAAGACACUUUGUCGUUCUAAAAGAUUGUUGAAAUUUGCCCUAGCCAUUUAAAAGGGAGAAAGUUGAAUUCUGUAACUCCAAUGUUUUACUGCACUCCAGUAUCUGAGAAUAUUGUUUAAAGUUGUAACUUAUUACUGAUGUUGUGCCUUUUUGUAGGACUUGGGACAUUAAAAGUUAAUAUUACAAUUUAACAGGAGCAUUCUCCUCGUGCUCAUGCUGCUUGAUUAACAACUACAAAUCAGUAAGAAUUCUAAUGUACAACUUGUAAAAAUAUCCUCAUCUAAUUCUGCGUUUUUGACAUUGUUAGAGCUAGAGAGAAUUCUGUUUUGUCCAGUAUCUUCACUCUUAUUGCAAUAUUAACUUUGAGGACCCUCAAUCAUGAAUUUUAAACUUACUUAAUUAAGUCUUAUUACUUGUUGUCUUAUGCACUGGAGGAAGUUUUCUUGCCUUACCAAUAUAAUAUAGUCUGAUUCUACUUCCACAUUUCUUAAAUCAUGCAAUUGUUUUAUUUCCCUACUCCAUUUAAAGCACAUAGUUACGAACCAACCCUAUGAUAUAUAUCUAACUGAAAUAAACAAGCAUUUGCCUUUUCCGAAGUUAGUUAGUACUGAAUUUAGGUUUUGAAAUAGACACUUGCUUGGAAAAGUGCGUUUCCUUGGAAAUAGAAGAAACAAAAUAUUAUGCCAAAAAUGUUUGUGCCUCCAUUAACAGCACCAGUAUUUUGAUUGGUGAUUAUCCUGAUAGUCAUUUGAGACAGAAAAUUGCUUCUAAGUAUUGGUGUGAAUCAAAUUACCAAAAAUUAUAUUUUUAAAACUGUUUAACAUGCUAUGGUUUGUAUGGAAUUGCAUUUCCUAUGUUUUUCUGUGCUUUGUGAUUUGGUGCUCUUUAAGGUCCUUAAGAGUAUCCUGUGUUGAGGAUUUUGGAUUUUAGUACCAAAUUUCAUAUCAAAAAGCAUCUUGAUUACUUCACUAAUCUUGGUAUAUAAGAACCUUUUCAUUGCCUGUCAUUUUAAUGUAAAAAUACUGUCCUUCCACACUUUGCUUAAGCAUAGGUAUUGAAACCUGAAUUGAAUUGUUAUUUGCAUCUCUUUUUCAGCUUGCUGCCAAAGCAUUGUAUUUUUCCAUUAGUUAUCCAAUAAAUUUUUAUUGAAUUUUUCUCCACUUCCUUUCUAUCCUACGAUAACCAGGCAUUUCAUUUUUCACAAUUCAUGAAUCACUGUAUUAAGAGGUAGGGCAGCAGCUGGCAAGGCUUAAGUUGUUUGGAAAAUGUGAUAAAUCCCUCAGUACUCUUAAGUGCUUAGUACUAUUUGUUCUGAAAACAAAUAUUGAAAAUUAAUCUUUUCAACUGUGGAUUUUAAUAGUUCAGUUGUACUAAACAUGUAUAACAGUUAUGCUGUAUUUAGACAGAAAAUUGUUUUAAACAGAUGCAGACUAUUGGUUUGUAGCUUUAUGACUACUUUCACAUUUUUCAUAUAGAAAUUACUCUUUAUUCUGAAUAUUUCAUAGAAUACAUUGAAGUUAAUUUCCCAAAUAUUUUUGUAAUAAACUUUUUGAUUUAUUG